GAAAGGAGCGCUGCUCGCACGCAUGAGGUCGUUCAUUGUGAUUAUAUGUAGGCUACACCGGCGACUCUCAAGAAAAGCGAUGAUGCUAGGUGUGUGUGAUUGAGUGUGUGCGUCUUCGAGGACUGCGUCUGCUUGCGACCACCAUUGACUGUGGCACUCACCCGAAGUGUGUCGCCUCACACACACACGUCCACACUCAUCAUGGCAGCGGAGUGUGUUCCGGAGGGGCCCGACCUUAAGGAGAUGGGCGACGAAGAUGUAUGGGAGCUGAUCAACGACAACCGCCAUCGUAUCUCCCUGGGUGUGAAACCAUGCAUGUUGAUCCCCUACCUGCGCCAGGCCAGGGUCCUCACAGAGAUGGAUGAAGACGAGAUCCUCUCCAGCCUCAAGCUCACCAACCGCUCCAUGAGGACCAGUCACAUGCUGGACCUGCUGCGUAUCCAGGGGAGGAACGGCGCAAUGGCCCUGCUGGAGAGCCUGAUGAUCCACUACCCCGCCCUCUACACCCAGGUCACAGGCCGCAAGCCCAGCACCGAGCCCUCCGGCUUCAGUGGCCUGAUUAAGUGCUCGGACUUGACCGAGUACUUGGUCAGAGCCGUGACAGGGAUGCAGAAGGAGCUGCAGGAGGCUCGGCAGGAGGCCAGCCGGCUGGGGUCACGUUGCACCUCCCUGGAGGUGGAGCUAGGUCAGACUCUGGAGCAGCAGGAGGAGGCUCGACGUCUUAAGGCCGACCACGGCCGCAUGAGGAAGAACUUGGCUGCCGCGCAACACGACAUCUUGAAACUGAAGGACGAGAAGUGUGACCUGUAUGUGCGGUACACGGCCGCCAUCGAGGAGAGGUCGGCCGCCAACAUCCACUGCAGCGACCUCAACCUGCAGGUAUAUCAGCUUCAGUUUGAGCUGCGCAAAGCCCAGACAGAGACGGACUUCGAGAGGCAGCGCUCGCUCAAGUGCACCACCCCCAGCGAGACGCAGCAACUGCGGGAAGAGAUUAGCACUCUGCGCAGGCAGCUACUGAUGGCCGAGAAAUUCACCCCGGCACGUGAGGAUAUCCUGGCCCAAGACCUGGCUGAGGCAAGGGAUGGCCGUGUGGAGCUGGCUGAGCAGCUCAGGUGCUACAGAGAGGAGAAUGAACAGCUGGCCCGCGAGAGGCGGGAGACGGUGGAGCAUAAGGAGUGUCUGACGCUGCAGGUUCAGAAGCUGACUCUGGACUGUGAGAUGUACCAGCAGAAGAGUACUGUCAUACAGAGCCAACUGAGGGAGCUGCAGGCAGAGAGAGACCACGCGUACCUGUCCAGAGACGAGGCCCAGGCCCAGAUAGCCAGGAGCCUGGCUGAGAAGGACACGCUGCGCAGCCAACUGGUGGAGCUCCAGGAGGUCUUCACCCUCAGGGCCUGGGGGCCCUACCGAGGAGGCCCCGAUACCCCACGGGAGAGGAAGUUUAGCUGGGAGAGCCAGGGCUCCAGCAGUGACAGCCUCCCCUCCAGCCCCCCACCUCGUCCACGCCUCCGCCGCAUGCAUGCAAUCUGCCCUGACUCCUUGAGGGGAUGCAGUAUAAAGAGUUGCGAUAUCACUCCAAGUAGUGUCCGGUCCCAAAAUGUGGAGCCUCCAUGCCCAGAGUCACUGCGGAGACGAGAAGAGACCCUAUGGUACAAUCGAGACAGCUCGGAGACGGCUGAAUGUGACGUCUUACUUGACAAUGACUUUGUGUUCAUCCCCAGUGGCAAUGCGGUUGAGCAAUCUGUUAUGUCACCCACACCUUCCUGCCAAAGCAACAACAGUGAUGGUCUCUCCAGGGCAUCAGCCCCCCCGUUCCUGCUGCGCUCCCGGCCCCGGGCCAUGCGCAUCACGGGCCGGGUCCUGACCAUCUCCUUCCAGGGGGAGGCGCUGCUGAGCCAGCUGCAGGUGGUGGGGGGUAACAAGACGGGCGUGUUCGUCCACCAGGUCACUGAGGGCUCCGCCGCCAACACAGUGGGCAUUAGUUCGGGGGCACAAAUACUGGAGGUGAAGUAUGAACAGGCUCAGCAGGCUCUAAGGAUGGUUCUGGAGGACUCCACCCUGGAAGAAGCCAUGUGGGCUCUGGGGCAAGUCCGAGGCUUCUGCCACCUCUCCCUGAGGCCCAACCAAGAUGCCUAUGAGAAGCUCCUGCUCCAGCUGCAGAGUGGCGAGGCCAUGUCAGGUGACUCCUUCUACGUGCGCGUCAACAUGUCGUUACCCGGGGGCUCGCAGGACGCUCUGACCGUUUCCUGUAACGACAUCCUCCACGUCACGAGCACCCGCCCAGCGGGCGCUGACCGCUCCUGGAGGGCCAGCCACGUCCACCCUUGCCAACUGCUGGACCUCAAGGCUGGCAACUUGCCCAACUACUACAGGGCCCAACGCCUGCUGAUCAGAGCUAUCGAGGACAUGAGCUUCCAACCCAUGACACUUAGAAAGGCCCAGGACAAGAAGAAGACUGUGAGGAUCGUCAGUACGGGGAGGCAGGGGAGGAAUCCUCUGUGGGUCUGUGUAGAGGACAGCAAGGACAAGAGCACUGGGCCAGGGGAUGCCUCUGCACCCAGAGGCUGUUUGACCCUCAUGCCCUACACCCUGGUCACGCCCCACUACCCACCCGUCUGUCGUCCGGUCCUCCUGCUGCCCACAAUCCUCGGCCGUGUCCUGGAUCAGAAGCUGGCCGAGUGGCAGGGCUUUCAGUUGUGUGUGCCAGAGUUAUUGAGUUCCAGUGAGCACGCUGCCAGGCUGCAGAGCUCUGAGGUGCUGGAGGAGUGUGAACAGGGGGGUCAGCGGUGUUACACCCUGCAGAGUGUUGAGAGGGUCAUGAAGCAGGGUACCCACUGUGUGCUGCCUCUAGGCCUGGACUGUGUACGCCGCCUCCACAGGGCAGAGAUCUUCCCCAUCAUCAUCUUCAUCGGCCAUUCCAAGUGCAGAGCACGCAAACUCAAGUCUAAGCUGCAGCGUCAGGGCUGGUCCGAGGAGCAGCUGCUGGAGUGUUCCCGCAGCGAGGAGUCCCUGCUGGACAAGCUGCCCUGCCUCUACCGCAGCGUCAGCCCUGACUCAUGGUACGACAAAACCACUCUGCUCACCACCCUGCGCUCCAUCAUCUGGGAGGAGCAGAAGAAGAUUGUGUGGGUGGAGCCUGAUUUGUGGUGAUUUUUAGGGCAUCUGAGGCGUCAAUGUUUGUUGAUGAGGUACUGGUGGCUAAAUUGGAUGUCUUUUGAAUUCCUUAUUUGUAAAAAAUAAUAAUAAUAAUAAUGAUUUAGAAUAUUUGUAAAUGGAUAAAACGGAGAAGGGUUCCAGUAGGCAUUGCCCACCUGGGCAUUAUGAGACAAGGGAAAUGGAUUGUGUGUGCAUGUGUAUCUAUGAUAGCUACCUAUACAUAUGACUUGUGUAAUGAAGGUAGUAGUAUGGGCAUGAAGGUAGUAUGAUGAGAUGUACCAGCACUUUAGCUUCAUUCAGUUCCUGUUGUUUUUCCCCACCUAUAUUUACCUGAAGUUGUGUUUGGAAACACUUUUUCAAUUAUCUUUAAUAUCAUAAAGAUAUUAGACUAUGUAUUGUAUUAUAUACAGUAUAUAUAUAUAUAUAUAUAUAUAUAUAU